GUUGGGGAGGGGGGACGAAGGCGUCCUUCCGAAGUGACUUUGGUCAGGUCUGCUGGCAAGGGCUCAGUCCCUGGUGAGACGUGAUACCGGCGGCGCCAUGUCCCGGAACAUUCUGAUUGCCUUGUGCCUUGUGGCAGCAGGUGUAGCGGUGACCCUGGGAAGCCCAGCCGGCCCGAAGGACGUCAAGGAGGAGGAGAACCAGGAAGGGAAGCAGCCCAAGAUCACCUACAGCAAGGAGACCGUAGCCAAAGCCGGCGCCGAAGUCAAGAUCGACUGCUCCGUCGAGGGAGUCGAUCUCUCGGGCGUCGAUGGAUUCGGCGUCAGCUGGAGCAAGAUCGACGAAGACAAGCCCACCAACUCCUUCCCAAUCUCGGCCAACGAAAAGGUGCUGUUAUUUACAGACAGGUUCUCCGUCGAGCAUCCUGAUGGUUCUUAUCAGUACUCACUAAUUAUCAAGCAGCUCCAAGAGGACGACACGGGCCUCUACCGGUGCACCGUCAACUUCGGAGAGGAACAGAAGAUCAACGCUGACGUCCCCGUCAAGAUCGAGAGGUCGCCUUACUUCACGGACAAUUUCACCAAAACUCUCACGGUAACUGAAGGAGACGCCAUUAGCAUCGAUUGCCAGCCAGGAGGAAGCCCCAAGCCAGAUGUCUUCUGGGAAAGACUCAACCAAGAACUGCCUUAUUACGGAGGAAAGUUCUUCAAGGCAAACCAGUUUGAUAUCCCACACAUCGAGAGAGACCACGAGGGCCAUUAUGUGUGCUAUGCUGACAAUGGUAUUGGUGACCCUGCUACCUCUCAUAUCAUUUUGGAGGUCCAGUUUCCUCCUCAAGUCAAAGUUGAUAGAGAACAGAUAUUUGUGAAUCCGAAUGACCAGGCAACUCUGACAUGUUCCGUGGAAGCCCAUCCAACAGCUGAUGCCACAUGGUACAAGGAUGGCAUUGUCAUUCUCGGAGACGCGAACACCAAGGUGACAAAGGUCGACAUCAAAGGGAAUGAUGAAAAACGCCCCAUCGGCGUCAACUCAACCCUGGCCAUCGGAGAAGUGGGUGAGGAUGACCUGGGCACCUACACUUGCAAGUCUGUCAACACCAUCGGAAAGACGGAGAGAACCGUUGAAUUGAGAAGGAAGUCACCUCCCAAGAUCAUCAGUCAGUCACGCAGUGAAGUCCUGUAUGACCUGGAAAGAACCAAGCUAAGAGACGCCCUUCCAGUUGUCAUUGAGUGCGAAGCUGAAGGCGACCCGUCACCAAGCUUCCGCUGGAACAAGAACGGAGAACCCUUGAUCUGGCAAGCUGACCCUCGCAUUGACCUCGAGCCGGGUACCGGUAACCUUCUCAUCAGUGACCCGACGCUGGAUGACAACGGCUUGUACCAGUGCUUCGCCUACAACGAACUGGGCACCGCCCUCGGCGACCCAGUGCUCCUCGUCAACUCUUCCAGCAUCCAGUUCUCCAACGCUGCCGAUAACAAAGACAGUUACGAGGUAGAGGCUGAACUCGGACGUCCUUUCAAACUGAGCUGUCCGAACGCCACUGCCUACCCAGAACCCAGCCUGAAUUGGGUCAAGGCCGUCACCAGAGAGGACCAGAUCGAAAUUAUUUUCAUCAGCGAAGAGAGGAUCGUCGCCGAUCCCCAAGGUAACCUUUGGUUCACUCACGUCACUCCGGAAGACGCGACAGAAGGGAACAGCUUCCAGUACAUGUGUCUCGGAUCAACCGUGUUCCAGCCAACUGAUUAUUCCAUCGCCUCCAUCAUCAAUUUGAAGGUCAAACCCCCUGCUGACGGAGGGCUCAACGGGGAAGAGGAGUCUUUGAACGUCGAAUCCUUCAGCAUGUACACAUCGCCCUCCGAAGUCACUUUCAAAGCCUUAGAGGAGAACACUUUGUGGUGUAUAUAUGGUGGCGAGCCAGCUCCUACAGUCAACUGGCGACGAACUGAUGGUGUCGAAAUUGAUAAGGAAAGAUUUGUCACGAGGAACUUUGGCCGUACCCUUGUGUUCAACAACACUCAGCUGUCAGACAUGGGCGAAUACGAAUGCGCGGCCAGCAACGGCGUCGGUGAGACCAAAACCUCUACAAUGACGGUAAUUGUGGAGCAGGCGCCCACCUUCGUCGGGGACAUGGCUUCCCAGACGGUCAAGGAAGGAUCAAUUGUCACCUUCACUUGCGAAGUCGAAGCUACUGGGGAAGUCACCUUCCACUGGUUGUUCAACGGCCGCCCGCUGUCGUCGGAAGGUAACCAUCCAAGAAGAUCCAUUACUGAUAAUGUACUGAGGAUAGAGGACGUAUCCUUAGUAGACAUCGGUAACUAUGCCUGCAAUGCCACCAGCGAGAUUGGCUAUGCCUACGGCCAAGCAACGCUCAAUGUUCUCCCUGGAGUGCACCGUGUGACAAGCUCUGGAGAAGUGACCAAACUGCGCGAGGAGGUGAACAGCCUUCGUGACAUCGUACAGAAGAUGCACGACUUGAUAGAGCGCCAACUGGAGGUUUCCAAUCACAACCACGAGAAACUGCACGAGAUCAGCACCUUGUUGGAGGCCACCGGUGUUGUCAAACCGGUCUCGAUUGACCAGGAUGAGGUCACAGAGACAAGCCCAGCAACGACAGAAGAGCCUGUGGUGGUGGAGGGCAUCGAAGAAACCACAGAGAAUAUUUUUGCUUCAUAAAUAUUUAACCAAAACUUAUAAAAUGGUGCCUUUUAUUGGCACUCGCAAUCAUGGUUUGUUGCUAUUUAAUUUUCGAUGCCGGGGUUUCCUCAGGCCAGUCAUUUCAGAUAGUUGUUCCCAAGAGGUAGAGAGGACCUUAUCUAAAUGGCUUUUUGUUUUCAGUAUGAUAGAGAGGCUCACAGAAUCAAAUUGACCUUGGCCUUGGAUAGUUCAAGAGGCCAACCCUUACAUAUAAUUAUCAAGUGACCUGUAGAUUUAAGGUAGCCACAUAGACAUGGCCUGCACUGUACUGUACACUAAAAAGGGAAGGGGGAGGCUCCUUUUAUGGGGCGUCUCUUAUUUGACCACGCCAGUAUUAGUAGGCUAAUUUUUAUAGGGCAUUUUCUUGUGCAAUAUUGAUAAGCAUUAUUUACAAAUACAAAUUUUUAACUA